CUGAAGGCAUGGGUCCUUCCCAUCACUGAAACAUGAGUGAGAGAGCACCCAGAGGACUUGGCAGGGAGAGAAAUCAGCAGAGUUGCUGAACCCGGAAAAUGAAAGGGGAGCCCGUCUCUGGGUAAUGAGUAGCCUGGGCAAGCAGCAUGCUGCAGAAAAUAUUGGAAAAAUCAGCUCUUUCUAGUGAUGUGGUAGAGUGAUGUCACUUAGUAGAACUUGAAACAAGAGCAAAAGAAGAAGCAAUGACAUAGGAAUCUUAAGCAAUCAUCUAAGAUCUGAUGCUCAAAAGAUACUGUGGGACGUGGAGCAGAGAAGGAACAGAAGCUCUUUCAAGGCACUUAUCAUAGCUAUAACUAAUCAUUAACCAAGUGAUUGGCUUUUUAAAAAAUAUUUAUUUAUUAGUUUGGCUCUUCUGGGUCUCAGUUGCCACAUAGGGAAUCUUCAUCUCAGUAUGUGGGAUCUAAUCCCCUGACCAGGGAUUGAAUUCAGGCCCUCUGCAUUAGGAGUACAGAAUCUUAACCACUGGACCACCAGGGAAAUCCUAUGUGGUUUGCUUUUAAACCCACCAUCCUUUUACUAGAAUUUAAGCCUUGUAAAGGCAGGGACCUUAUGUGCCUUAUUUACCUUCUCACAGCCUUGUGCAUUGUAGGUACUUACUAAAUACAUUAUGGAAGACAGAGAGUAAAUUGUGGGUUAAGAUGGAAGAAUGAUAGCCCCAGUCCUUUAAACUCAGUCAGAAAUUAUUUGGAUUGCAAUCAUUGUACAGUGAGCUAUACAGAAUUCUCCUUCCAAACUUCUGUUUUAUCUAGUUUCCAGAUGCUCUGACUGCCUGUCACCCUGGUAUAUAUCUCUCUCCCACCAUGUAUGCCUCAGCCUGUAAUGGGUCAAAAGACUCUUCAUCCAUCUUCUACCUGGUGGGCAUCCCCUCUCUACAAGAUGUCUUCUUCCUCCCUGUCUUCUUCACCUUCUUAUCCUUUUACCUGCUUAUCCUGGUGGGUAAUUCCCUGAUCCUGGUGGCCGUGGUGAUAGAGCCUAGACUCCAUAAACCCAUGUACUUCUUCCUGAUCAACCUCUCAGCCCUGGACAUCCUCUCCACUACAACCACUCUUCCAAAGAUGCUAUCCCUCCUCUUACUUGGGGACCACUACCUCAGUUUCUCUGCCUGCUUCCUGCAGAUGUACCUUUUCCAUGGCCUUAACUGCUCUGAAGCCUUCAUCCUGGUGGUCAUGGCCUAUGACCGCUAUGUGGCUAUCUGCCGCCCACUGCACUACCCUGUGCUCAUGACCCCACAGACCAAUGCUGCCCUGGCAGCCAGUGCCUGGCUCAUCGCCCUCUUUCUGCCCAUCCCAGCAGUGGUGCAGACCUCGCACACGACUUUUGAAAACAUCGCUCACAUUUACCACUGCUUCUGUGACCACUUAGCUGUGGUCCAGGCCUCCUGCUCUGACACCACACCCCAGACCUUCAUGGGCUUCUGCAUCGCCAUGGUGGUGUCCUUCCUGCCCCUUCUCCUGGUGCUUCUCUCCUAUGCCCACAUCCUGGCCUCAGUGCUUCGCAUCAGCUCCCGAGAAGGACGGUCCAAAGCCUUCUCCACCUGCAGCUCCCACCUCCUGGUGGUUGGCACUUACUACUCAUCCAUUGCCAUAGCCUACGUGGCCUACAGGGCUGACCUGCCUCUUGACUUCCACAUCAUGGGCAAUGUGGUGUAUGCUAUUCUCACACCUGUCCUCAACCCUCUCAUCUACACACUGAGGAAUACGGAUGUCAAGACAGCCAUCACCAAAAUGGCAUGUCCCUGGAACCCAAAUAAUUCUGCAAAACCCUGAUUGAUUGUGAACUUUAUUUUCUCACAAACACCAAUAACAAUAGAGGUAAAAUUGGACAAUUCAGAUAGCCAAAUAAUUAGAACAAUAAUUCUUAAAAUACAGUCCUAGGUAUUCUUCCAUUGUAACAAAAUAAUGAUUUUCUUCCCAUAAUUCACAGACAAAAUGGAUUGGGCUUUUCAAUUUUUAAGCUGUGACUCCCAAAUUUCACAAGAUUUGUGGUCACAUUUCCAUUAAUUCAAACAAUUUUGAUUCUCAGAGACUGAAGUAUUUGACUAGA